GUCCAAAAUUGCACUUUCGUGGCGCAAGCGGCGUCUCAUUUCCUGGCUCAGACGGAAGCGGUGGUUGGCUAUGAGCAACAGCAACAAGAUCUUCUUGGUGUUGAUUGCGAUAUCCAGCGGUGCCCUCCUCAUCCUCUACAGCAGCAAUGACCUCUUCGCCCGGCCCAUCUUGCGCACGUUCUUCCCCGCGACGCCCUCCGGAGCGCCCCCGGCCGAGGUGGCCGCCCUCGUGGACACCCGCGGCGACAUACAGCGCGUGAAGUACGUGCCCAGGGGCGACAAUGCCACGGAGCACAACAUCUUCGUCAUCUACACGAAGGAGAACUACUCGAACCUGCUGAAGAGCAAGUUCGAGCUCUUCCUCAAGAGCCUGCUCAAGUUCACCACCAUCGACCUGCACCUGCACAUCAUCACGGAUGAGAAGAGUGAGCUGUCUGCGGAGACGAUGCUCAAGGACCAGAUCAACAAGUACAAGAAGAGGAUCUUCUACACGCUGUACGACGUUGAGGACUUCGCCGCGAAGAUCAACGACAUUGUCUACGUGAUGAUGCCCUUCUUCAGCUCCCACGCGGGCUCCUACUACAGCGACUCUCUCUUCUUCCUCUCGCUGGGUCUGCACCGCAUCGUGGACCCCAAGAUGACGCAGGCCAUCCUCAUAGACUGCGACGUGGUGUUCCGCACGGACGUGAAAUACCUCUUCGAGCAGUUCCGCCGCUUCUCGCCGGAGAACCUCUUCGGCCUGGCGCCCGAGCUCACGCCCGUCUAUCGACAUAUCCUGUACAAGUAUCGCGCCACAUAUCCCAAGAGCAACUUUGGCAAUCCCUACUACCCAGCGUCGCGGCGCAAGGGCCAGAAGAUGGGCUAUCCGGGCCUGAACAGCGGCGUGGUGAUGCUGCAGCUGGACCGCAUCCGCACGUCCAAGCUCUUCGCCGAGUCGCUCAAGUUCGACAGCGUGAAGCAGCUGACGGACAAGUACGCGUUCAAGGGUCAUCUCGGCGACCAGGACUUCUUCACGCUGCUGGGCCACGAGUUCCCGGCGCUGAUCUACCGCCUGGACUGCGUGUGGAACCGCCAGUUGUGCACGUGGUGGAAGGAGCACGGCUACAGCGACGUGUUCGACCACUUCUUCCACUGCGAGGGCAAGAUCAAGCUGUACCACGGCAACUGCAACACGCGAGUGCCGGAAUGAGAGACAAUACUCCUCGCCUUCACGCGCCCUUCUUCAUUUCUCACAUUGCAAUUUUGUGAUAAUUGUCUCUAGAGUCGUUUUUCCAUGAGAAUCUCUGAGAGUUUGCCGUGUCUUCCUCGCAAGGAUGUUGAGAGGAGACAGAGAGAGGAAAUGUGCAAUUGCGGAGUGAAGGGAGAAUUUCAGAAAUUCUCCCAGUAUUUAUCAAACAAACAAUGUAGGAUCUCUAGAGAGAAAGAGGGAGAUAGAGUGAAAUGUUCCAUUCUCGACGGCAAUAUCGAGCGAAUAGUAUUAGAUUUUAGUGGAAGUUUUAUAUUUUAAACAUUUUUAAAAUGCAUUUAAGGGCGAGGCAAUAAUUAACUCUAUCGAAUGGCCUAUAAAUCUCACGAGCUGGAAUUUCUCGAGCAUCUCCAGUGUUUCUAAAUAACGCAAAUUGGCCUAUUUCGUUGAUAUUCAGUGUAAUUCGUGUGAACUUAAGUGAAUGGGAAAUUUUUAGCUCUUUUAAGCUAAGCUGGGCUCAUUAAUUGCAAUAAUGAUUAACACUCUGAAGAUGAUUCAUUGGCAUUUAUCUUUAGUCUUGCGAUAAGUAUAGUGCAAUCUGGGAUCGCGCAGUCGAGUCCUUGUGAACUUGCCAUGAUUUGUGAUAUGGCAAAAAUGUCCAUUUCGAGACUUAGUGACUCAAACAUUCCUUUUAGAAGCCCGAAAGUGGUGAGAAAUGGAAGAUUUCACUCUGCAACUGAGCAAAUUAUAUCAAGCUUGCGUUUAGGACUUUCUUAUGUGAAAACAUAUCCGAUGAAAAUAAAUACAAAAAUGAGCG